AUGGCGACUAGGCUUUCACGAACACCGCUGCCCUGGGGACGCCGUCUAUCCUUACGUUGGCGCACCGAACCACUCGCAGCGAGAUGUCGAUUUUACACAUCCGACCGAUCUCCCGAAGCUUCCGAAGCUCCAACACCCAAUCGCAGUGAUAAUGGCCCAGAGAAAGAAAAGGGAGCCAUGUCGCGAAAGCUCGAGGAAGCUACAGAAGAAGCUCUUUUGACUGGUGGCCGGCGCGGGCGUCAAGCUAUCGAGGAUGCUGGGUUUUCCGAAGAGCUGAAGCAGCGGCUUCUCGACAAGGUCGAGACCGCCAAAUUCCGAUCCCAAUACGCAUCCGCUUUCGCAGAGGCUCAAAUGCCCACUUCAGCAGGCGAGGGGACACGUUCAAUAGCUGCGGCGCAGGCUUGGACGGGAGACGAGGCGCAGUCUGAUACGGUUCUGCGAAUGCUCAACGAUGCGAAGAAGCCCCUCAAGCCCGAGCUAAGGGGUCAAUUCCAGAUUCCGCCCGUUGACAUGCGGAUGCGAAAAGAGUCAAAGACGAAUCCUAGCCAGCGGGCUGCGAAUGCUCGCGAGAAGGCCUCGACAUAUACUGCACUGGGAUUUAAAGAGGAGAGCGGGCAAAGCGCCAAGGAACGCGAAGAGUUUAGAAAAGAGCUCCGCGACCGAUUUGGAGCAGCAGCUCGAGCUGUGCCGAACACUAUAUCAGGCCUCGAGUCACUGGCCAACGAAAGAAUAGAGGACGCCAUUGCUCGUGGGCAGUUCAAGAACAUCCCUCGCGGCAAGGGGGUAGAAAGAGACGCAAGAGCCGAUAACCCUUUCAUCGAUACCACCGAGUACAUAAUGAACAAGAUGAUCAAGAGGCAGGAGAUUGUCCCGCCAUGGAUAGAGAAGCAGCAAGAGUUGGCCAAAACCGCUGGCAUCUUCAGGGCAAGAUUACGCAACGACUGGAGGAGGCACGUCGCCAGGAUGAUUUCGUCAAAAGGUGGGAGCUUGGAGGAGAAGAUGCAACUGGCCGAGGACUAUGCUCUUGCAGAGGAACGCCAUAAUCCGCGCAAGAGGAACAGCGACAGUAUUUCGGUUCCCACCAAUGUGACCGAUGAUCCUGUCAUGGCGAAGGUGCGUCAACAGGCGGUCGAGGGCAACAGCACUAGCGAAGCCGGACCAGAGGCAGCGCCGACGAAGCCUGCUCGGCCACUGAUACAACCCUUCCGCGACUCUGAUUGGCUUGCAACUGAGAGCUCGUAUAUGAACCUCGCCGUCAACAACCUCAAUGCGAUCACGCGUUCCUACAACCUUAUGGCGCCAGAACUGGCGAAGAAGCCGUACUUCUCGCUUGAGCGAGAGCUCAAGGCUUGUUACGCCGAUGUCGCGCCCCUUGUGGCAGAAACUAUCCGCGAGAGAGCCACCAGGCCGACAAAGACAUUAUUCGAUGCAGCAGGGGGCGGUCAAGUCACGGUUUUUGACCGCUUUAGUAAGGAGGGAACAUCGGCCAAGAUAUACGAUUCCAGGGCUCCUCACUAUGGCUUCAAGGAAAUGUGGAGGGAUCUCUUCAACUGA